AUGCUGAACUUAACGUUCUUUGAUUACGACGGAAGCUUUUGUCGCAUCCAGGAAGCCUUCACCGUUGCCUCGGUGAUCAACCCGCUGAUGGCCAUAGGCAAGCUGUUUCGAGAAGGCUGGGAGUUGCGAGUGAACGAAGAAGAAGGUAUGUGUCUUACAGAUGGAAGCUCAAGAAUACCAGUGCAUCUCCACAAGAACAGCUUGGCAGCCUACGCCUACGUACAAACUCCUUCAAGAAGCAGAAGUUACAGCAGCAACAACUACAAGAUGGUUCGCGCAGUUGUUCAGCUCAACAAGCACGUUCAGGAAGCAGUGAACAGAGAAGAACCUGGUUGGCACAACACAGACAGCAUGGUGAUUGUGAAGUACGCCACUCAAAGCAGCUAUGAGAACCCAUCUCUCAUGUAUAGCCCUACGCACUUUCCGUACAGAAGCACUUUGGUGAAAGAAGAGAGAGGAUGGAGAGCAGUUGAAGUUUCAAGAAAGUACUCCGAGAAGGCAGACCCUUUUGAAGAGUUUGCAGAAGGAGAAAAGGAAGUGGUUACAGCCAUUUCAGCAAAGCCAAUUCCACUUUGGAUCCUUGGCACCCCUUACGCAGCUGGAGAUCGAGCAGACCAAGAAAGUCAUGGUCGUGACUACUGGAAAAUGGACCUCGAGAAGGGAGAAGUUGUUCGUCACCACGUAGUACCAAGAACUGUGCUGUUUGACCCGACAGGAGUUGCCAACUGUCCUGUUCUCCUUGGAGAUCUCGAGAACAGCAGGUAUACCCAAGGAGACUGCAUCUACAGUACAGAGAUCUACGAACACAGCGACGACUGGAGAGCAGACCGUCUACCUCUACGUGAACACUUCCGUUUACCGUGGUUUGGUCAAACAAGGUUCCGUGUGAAGCCAGGAGUUGUUGAAGACCUAAAAGCAGAAGCUGCAGCAGAGGAGCUAAAGAAGAAGAAGGAAGAACACUACAAAGAGAAGGAAGAUUCAGCAGCACCACCAGAAGCGGAGGAGAGUAAAGACGAAGAGAUGAGAGAAGCACCAGCAGACCAAGAAGCACCACAAGAAGUUGUUGAAGUUUUGGAGGAAAGCUUCUACCACGAAGGCGUCGAGUACACAGCGCAGAAAAGCAGUCUUAAGGAACUACAAGCACUUUGCAGAGAGUACAGAGUGAAGACAACAGGAAGCAAGAAGCAGCUCUUGAAGAGACUAGCCACAGCAGUCAGAGAAGAAAGGCUCAGCACGCAACACAAGGAACAACGGGAACACCACCAAGCAUACCACCUAGCACCACCGCAGGAACCAACGGAAGAGGAGAGAGCGUACCACAACUUGACGCACCUUCCGUAUCAGCCUUGGUGUCCCCAUUGCGUUGCUAUGAAAGCACGAGAAGACAACCACAAGAAAGGAUUGAGCAAGCCAAGCAGCUCUACGGAUUCCGCGAAGCCCGUCAUCAGUUUUGACUUUUGCUAUACAAGCACCACAGGAAGUGAAGAGCCACCAGCAGUGACUCUUGUUGCUGUGGACAGCUGGAGCAAGGCAGUUCUUGCGGAAGAACGCGAACAGCUCGAGAAUGACGAGGCCGCUAGCGACCCUCCGAGUUCGGAGGAACCAAGCUCACCCAGCAAGCUACGAAAGCAGGUCAACAGAGCAGAGGAAACAGACGGUUACCUCAACAUGCCUCAUGAUGAUGAAGUCUACGAAGCAGAUGAUGAGCUUGUGUACGAGUCGGAAGAAGAAGAAGAGGAUACAGAGAGUGAACCAACGGAAGUUUCUACCAAGGUCCCUGUCGAGUUCUUCGACGAGGAGAAAGGACCACCGAACGUGGAUCCGGCUUUUCUUCAGAAGUUGGAUGAUGAAGCUACAGUCAAGGAAAUCAAGAGGUUAACAAAGAUGGGAGUUAUUUCGUUGGUUUCUACGGACCCUCAGGAAGCAACUGAGAACGUACCUCUGGUAGACUCAGAACAAGAACUUCACAAGUGGUUGACAACGAAGUUGGUGAAAGAUUGGAGGUUCAGAGAAGCUACAGGUUUUGAAGCUGAAGAAGCCAAAGAAGGAACAACAAAGCCCAAGCAGAUUCAAAGAAUUACAAAACUGGUGCCCAUGCUGGCUCUCGCCAACCAUUGGGCGAUCUACAGUGUCGACGUGAAGGUCAACGCGACGCAUCCAGUCUUUGGUCAGACUUUUGUGAUGGUCUUUUGGUGGAAGAGAAGUUUGAGCGUUGCACAGCAGUUCCAGCACUUUACCGUCUUCUACGACAAGGUGAACUACGACGUGGACUCCUUCGACGAGGCAAAGAAAGAAGUGACAGAGAGAGCAGAGAAGUUGAAGAAGGUUGAGGAAAGCCUGGAGAAGGAAAAGGAGGAGUUCGGAAACCAAAAGUCAGAGUUUGAGGAGACAGUGAAAAGGUUUUUGAAGAAGCAGAAGGAGGUGAAGGAAAAGGAAGACAAAGUUACAGAAAGAGAAGAGAAGUUAGAGAAAGACCAAGAGACCCUCCAAGAACAAGCCAAGGUCUUAAGCGAGAAGGAGACAGCCCUCGAAGAAGCUGAGGAGAACGUCAAAGCAAAGGAAGCAGAGGUUGAAAAGAAGAAGAAAGAGGCAGAGAAGAGAGAGAGAAAAGCCCAGGAAAGAACCGCCGGCUACGACCAGGAGAGAGAAGAGUACGCCAAGAAGUACGUUGACGACGCAAAGAAGGACUUGGAGAGAGAGCUUAAAGUGCUAAAGCAAGAAGAGAAAGUAAGGAACCAGAAGCUCGACGACCUCCAGUACGACUACAAGAGCCUCAAGGACAAGAUCGUGAAGUACAAGAAGAAGGUCAAAAGCCUCAAGGAAACCAUAGGUGCAGCCCUGUCUGGAAGCGAAGGUGAAGAAGAGACAGAAGAAGCGUACAAGAGCAAAGCAGAAGAAGAGAAAGAGAGGAAAGAAGCGCAAGCAAAAGAGGAAGAGAAGAAGAAAGGAAAAAGGCCAAAGCAGGUAGAGACAGAAGACCAAGAAGAGAAGCCGUCAAGCAACCAAGGAGACGAAACUACCGUCGACCCGAACGACAUAGCCGAGUUCACGCAGCUUGGCUACGUGUGGGAGUUCAACAAGAAGACGCAGGAGUACCGCGCGAAGUGCGAGGUGACGGAGUGCUACAGAAAACACAACAUUUGGUUUACAGACGGAAAGGAAUUGGAUAAAUUCCUCGAGACCAAGGAGAACGAGAAGAUCGAGGAAGAGGUGCAGCGACGCAUCGGCGUGAAGGGCAAGAACGACAACACAGGAAGCAAGGGAAAAGGCCCUUCCUGGGACGACGGACAGAACGACGGUUGGUGGUACAACGACCAGUGGAACAACGAGAACUGGAACACCAACGACGACGGCAGCAACUGGUACGAGAACGCGAACCCGAACAACAAAGGCUACUGGCAAUCGCCAGAAGAGUGGGCGCAGCAGAACCAGUGGGACCAGUGGACACCCAAAGGAAAGGGUAAAGGCAAGAAGUCCAAGAACUGGGUGCAGACCCAGUGA